GUUGUAUUUUUUGCUACACAUAAACAUUAAAUAAAUGAUAAUAUAAAAAUAGUCAAAGAAAACGUUACCUGUUUAUUGUUUGUUAUUGAGUUUUACCCAGAUUCUAAACAUAUUAUGCACUGCAGUAGUCCAAAAACUCGCUUCUGCUUUACAUUCCCAUACAUCCAAAAUUGAUUAAGAAGAAAAAAGAAAGUGCUUGGGCCACAGGGCAAAAACUGAAAGGCCUUGGAACGGAACACAACGCAACCUAAUUAAAUUUCGAUCAAAGGACGCGAACGCUAUUCGGCAAUUGGCAAUGAAAUUGUGCACUGGCAAUGAACUCCAGACUUGAAGGCAGUCAUCAGCUCCAGGGGCCUUCCAGCCCCAUGGCCACCGAACGCAAGCAGAGCAGUCCCAAAAUGGAAAUAUCUAAACUGAACCAUGAGCUCAUCGAGGAGUGUAAGCGUAGCCAUGAGGAUUCCAUCUUGCCGCGCCAUAUACGCCAUGAGCUCGAAAAGCAUCCACGUGAGUCCCGUCGCGAAGUGGUUAGAAAGCAACGCAAUGGCUGUGCGCCACUUUUCAUUGCGUGCAAACGUGGCGCAGUAGUAAUUGCCGAGUAUCUCAUAACCAUUUGUGAAGCGGACAUUGAGCAGCGUGGACACUAUGAAGUGCCCGAGGAUAAUAGCUUUCACCAUGUGACGCCUCUCUGGGCAGCUGUCGUAUCUGGCAAACUGUCCAUGGUUAAGUAUCUGGUACGAAUUGGAUGUGACAUUAAUGCCAUAUCAGAUUCGGGUUCCACGCCUGUGCGUAGUGCCUGUUACAUGACUCACACUGAGAUUGUUAAAUUUCUGGUGGAAAACGGUGCUGAUAUCAAGAAGCCAAACAUUAAUGGCGGCACCUGCCUUAUUAAUUCGGUGCAGUCCGUGCAGCUUUGCCUGUAUCUGGUGCGCAAAGGAGCCGACAUCAAUGCUCGCGACAUACAGGACAAAACAGCGCUACACUAUGCCAUACAGGAGCAUCGACUAGACACCACCAGAAUGCUUAUAGAGCAAGGAGCUGAUCCAUUUGCGAAGAGUCGUUAUGGUGACGAUGCGCUGCGAACUGCCUGCCUUAAGGGCGCUCAUCAGAUAUUCGAUUAUUUGAAAAAGGAAUUGAACUAUUCAGUGGAACGCAUCGCUGAGGCGCACGAGUUAAUGGGUUCCACAUUUCUGGACGAGCACAAUGAGUCGCGCGUGUGCAUCCUUCACUGGCGCAUGGCACAUCACAUACGCGCCGCCUAUACGCCUUAUAUUGAAAAGAAACCAAAGGUACCGCUGCGGAAUGCUUAUGAGAAUGCUGUGGAGUUUGCAACUUUAGAGGAGCUAGAUAACAUUGCUACAGACAUGGAUGCAAUGCGGACGCAAAGUCUGUUAAUUUGUGAACGUGUCUUGGGCCUGACACACAAAGAUAUGUUGUUCCGUUUGACCUUUAGGGGUGCUUCUUAUGCGGACUCUUUGCAGCUACAGCGCUGUAUCGAUCUCUGGCGUUUUUUGCUUGAGGUGCGCGUAUCCAACUGGUCCAUAUUGCAUUUCGAAACAUGCUUUGCUGCUCAGGCGUUAGUGCGUCUAAUGCUAGAUCUGCACGUACGAAACUCCAGUAACUUGCGAAGCGAUGCUCGGGCGCGCUUUAUGCAUCAGGAUAAUUUACUUCCCAGAUUUGAAGAUGUUUUGGGGGUAUUUCGUACGCUCGCUGAAAGCGCCGUGGAGGUCAAGGAGCUGCUGCAAGUGCGUCCCGUCUUUCGGCGCCAGCAGGAGAACUAUGACCGAGUAUUGCGCUGUUUAGCACACCUCAUCUAUUUGCUGAUCAAUACCGUCCACACAGAUGCUCAGCAUAAGUUAAUAUUUCAGGCCGUUCACGAAACAGUUGUUAUUGGGAACUUGCGAAGCGCCAGCACUGCGGACACCCUGCUCCACUUGGGUGCUUCACGACUAAAUGUUAUUAAAAGCGGUUACAUCACAGAAGAUAAUUUUGCCGAUAAGACUGUGUUCCCUAAUGCGGAGGUUAUUAAAUUGCUCAUCGAAUGUGGGAUCGAUGUCAACACAAAGAACGAAGCGAAAUCGACGCCCCUGCAUGUAGCCUGCCAGCCUUACAACUACGACAACGAGAUUGUACACCUGCUACUUAAGUGUGGGGCUGACAUUGAUCAGCCGAAUCGGGCCGAAAAGCGGCCCUACGAUUCCAUAGCAUCCAAUCCCACCAACACCAUACCGUUGCUCAACUACGUCUCACUGCAGUGCCUAUGUGCGACGGUUCUUAGCAAGCAUAAGAUUCGGUAUAAGGAUCAGCUGCAUAAACAGCUUGAGCAAUUUGUGCAUAAUCAUGAACCGUGAACAGGACACUUUUGACGCAUGUCUCUGUUAAAAUUGUUAGAAAAUAUGUGUAUUUAUUUUGGCCAUAUCGAAAUUUUACCAGUGUAUCUUCUGUUACUUAUUGUCUAUCUAUUCUAUAUAUAUCUUACUAUCUCUACAAUUGUUAACUUAUUCGGCUAAAAGCAGUUAAAAACUCAAUAACGAAACACGCAAAAAGGAACACAAAUAGAAAUGAAUAUGAAUGAAAAAGUAUGUGUAACAAAAGCAAAAAGUGUAAGCGAUCAACGUGAUAUUAAAUCUGUAUAGGAAAAGGAACAAAAUCAUUAAUAUUUUAGUAAACUUACAAACAAACUUAACAGAGAAAAAAGCAACAAGAAAAUGUUCUGUGCAACUGUUC